CAGAGAAGUUGUCUUUCGGUGGGACUCUCGACUUAAACCUCGCGCGCGCAUUUCUUGCUUUUCCCUUUAUUGACUUUCAACUUCUUGCGGUUGCCGGUUCCUGUUGGAACAUCGAAUCACGAAGUUUUGCCCUAGUGAGAUAUUCGAAAUUAUUUGGUAGUGUGCUUGCUAUCUUUCUAUAUAUAUGUAGUGAUGAGCGUGUGCAAUUUUUUUAUUCAAACGCAAACUUGUUUUUGGUGAUAGUGAAUGAGCAAAAAAUAAUCAUUUUUACGCUAAAGAUUUGCGGUAUAUGUGAAAAUUUGGUAAUGUGUUCCAGAAGCUACGUUCAAUAUCACUAAAAGUAAAUAUGUAAGUGAACUCGUGCUUGGGCGAACAAGUACGAAAUUUGGAGCCUUGCGCAACACGCUUCCGCUGGUCGAAAACAGAAUAAACUGAAAAACCUACAUAUUCAUUAGUUCGGCAUUUCAAUCCAAACGCUACCGACGAAAACGUGUUAGUUGGGUAACGUGUGAGUGGAUUCGAAUGAUAAAACGUCACCAGCGGCGCCAGUUUACGCACAUGUGCUUAUACGCAAGUGAAAAGAUUCAUUCAUAAAAAACUACCAAACAUCAAUCGGACUGCCCGGUUGGAAGCAUUCUACGCAGAGAAAAGGUCCCAGAAAGAUGCCACCUCAGAAUUCGAUCGAGCUGACAUCGAAGCCGGACACCGAGAACGCCACCAAAAAGGUUCAAAAUGGCAACGCAAAUACCGCUGCGAAGCUCACGAAGAAUGCGGAGCCGCCGACGACAUCGGUCAUCGUUCCACCGGACGGCGGAUGGGGAUGGGUUGUGAUGGUUGCGUCAUUCCUGUGCAACACUGUCGUCGAUGGUAUUGUGUUUAGCGCCGGUAUGUUCCAAGAUCCCAUUCGACUUGAUUUUGGUGUUGGAAAAGCUGAGGUCGCAUUAGUAAGCUCCUUGCUCAGUGGAUUUUAUUUGCUCACUGGACCAUUUGUCAGCGCUCUGGCGAAUCGGUGGGGAUUCCGGCCUGUGACUAUUCUUGGUGCUGUAAUAGCAUCAGUUGGUUUCGGUUUGUCGUACUUUGGAAACAGUCUAGGAUAUUUGUAUAUCACCUAUGGAGUUAUUGGUGGUAUUGGUUUCUGCUUCAUAUAUGUACCAUCUGUGAUUACCGUUGGAUAUUACUUUGAAAAGUGGCGAGCAUUGGCAACCGGAAUUGCUCUUUGCGGAUCCGGAGUCGGUACAUUUGUAUUUGCACCUCUCAGCUCGAUUCUUAUAAAUGAACUUGGAUGGAGAGGAGCCCUUCUGGCACAAUCUGCUAUUAUUCUUUUGUGUGCUGUAUUUGGAUGCAUGUUCAGGCCACUGCAACCUGUACAGGUCACUAUCACUAAGGAUGAAGAUACUCCAGCUGAGAAAGGAACCUUAUUAGGCGAAGGGCUUCCCAUAGUUUAUACUAAACCAUUGCCAGAGGGUCGAUUCGCUUAUUCCGUACCAAACAGCUCCCAUAGCACGUGGAUGGGUGCAAGUCCUAAUACCCUAUAUCCCACAGCUGCUGAGGUCUUUCGAGGUAGUGGCCAUAACUUAGAACGGAGGCCAUCGAAUCACUCUGGUCUGCUGACGAAUGAAAACAUCCAAACCACAACGAAGAAAUUAGAGCAACUGUCCAAAAUGCAAAAGAAACUUUCUGGACAGGUGACGCCUGAAGACACAAUACAAGCUCCUAGAUUCCCGCUCCCUCAUCACGAAUUGAAUACUGUUGGUGAGGCCGCUGAGGAAGAAGAAACCGAAAAUGGAACAUUGCUCACUGGCGACCAUAAGCCAGUCCCAUCUGUCGCUUCAACAGCAGCACGGCAGCGAAGUCACACGAUAUCUGGACGUAGACCUAACGAAUCGGGAUCUCGUCAAGGUAGCCGUCGUGGUACACUGACCGACGGAACCCGCCCGAUGUAUCGAGAUGACAUCUUCUUCACCGGAUCACUAGUACGCAUACCGCAAUACCAAUCGCAGACAUCACUGGGAUAUCACAUGUCCGUUACCCGUCUACCAACGCAAAAUGAUGUUGAAGAAGCAGAGGAGCAGACGUGUAAAAUAUGCCCAGAGGCAGUCAGGCGUACGUUGGCCACUAUGUUAGACAUGACAUUAUUAAGAUCUCCUUCUUUCAUGCUGCUUGCCAUUAGCGGAUUUUUCACCAUGAUGGGAUUCUUCGUGCCGUUCAUGUACAUCACUCAAAGGGCCGUUUCGGGUGGAAUGGAUCCGCAGAUUUCGCUAUUUAUCGUUUCAGCAAUUGGUAUUUCGAAUACAAUUGCCAGGAUUGUUUGUGGAUUUCUCAGCUCAUUUAAAAGUGUUAACGCAUUACAUCUUAACAAUGUUGCUAUCACUAUGGGAGGAAUCGCAACGAUGCUUAGUGGGGUUUACAUUACGGAAGCUAUGCAGUUUACUUAUGCUGGUAUCUUCGGUAUCGCGAUAGCAUGCUUUUCGGCUCUUCGUUCCAUACUUGUCGUUGAUUUAAUGGGCUUGGAAAAGCUUACCAACGCAUUCGGGAUCCUGUGUUUGUUCCAAGGCUUAGCAGCAGUUAUUGGUGCACCUAUUGCCGGUUUCUUCACCGACCUUACUGGAAGUUAUAACGUAUCGUUCUACAUCAGUGGAGCCUUGAUUACGAUCUCGGCAGUACUGUGCUACCCACUGAGCUACGUAAAUAAAUGGGAGAAAAACCGGGCCGCGAAAAAGACUUUGGCAGCAGUGUAGAUAAAAAGUCUAGCUCAUCGAACUAUGGGCGUGAUUGUUCUGAUGAAAAGGAAAAUCUGCAAUGGCCACGGGUUGGCUAGAAUUCAUCACUACAAUCAGCAGGAUGGGGAUCAGUUCAUUUGAUGUAAACCAAGGAAUAAGACUAUGUCCGAAGUACUUAUGGAGUGCAACACGAAUGUCAGUUAUACAGGAGAACGCAUCCGUACAGUAUCGUACAGAGAAAGACCGACAGUGGCUUAGAGUAGUAGUUAUUUUACACAAGCUAAGAAAAAUUGCUUUAAAUUUAGUAGACUGUUACGUAGAAUAAAAAUGUACGUAAUUCGAAUCAUAAAGUUAGUAUAACUGAUCGGUGCAAGCCCAACCAUUGGUCGCGGCUAAAAAAAAGUUCUUGUAAAGCAAAUCAGACGCUGAAACUUUGUUGUUUGAGAUAUCCUAUUUAUUCAAGAGCUUGAAAGCAUACGUUUUUCAUCUGGGUUAACACAAAUACGUUUGUAACUAGCACUUUAAAAUGAGAAAUGAUUCCAUUCAUCUGGUAUGAAUGGCUUUCAGUUAACAUUUUGAUUCUGCGUCAUGUUUCAUGAGUAAGGCGCUGUUUACUAAAAUUCCAAGUCUGAAUGUUUUGAAAGCGUUUACUUUAAGAAACAUUAUUAAGACUCGAUUAUUCGUUCAAUAAUAAUAUUUUGGUUGCAGUUAAAAAUCUAAAUAGUAAACCUGUGCCUUGCGUUUUGUCUCCUAUUUCCAGAGUGCGCAGCUAGUAACUACAUAUUAUGCGUAUGAUGAUGCGCUUCAGUGUACACGAAAUGCGCAUUAGUUUCGUACUCUGAUAAUAGGACAAAAAACGAAAGAUGCCAAUUCCAAUUUUCGAUUUUCAACUGUAACCAGAAUACAAAAUUUUAAGAACAGUUCCUAACCUUAAUUAAGUCAUUUUUGGUAUGCCACUUAAACAACUUAUUAAAAGAAUUUGGGGUUUUCAAACUGAUUCAAAUUAUUGCGAUCCUCAUUCAGAAGCUACAACUUUAGCGCCUGUGAAUACUGUGAUGUCAGCAUGUGUAUAUAUAUAGAUUAUACUUAUUAUAUCUGUUACUAUAAAAAAACAAAAACUAAAAAACUUAUUUACAAAGGCGUUUAAAAAACUCAAACAAUAAUUUCAGCUAUCUAUGUGUUACGAGAAUGAUAUUUAUUAUAUGGCUAUAUCAUAUUAAUGCAUCGAACAUUGGUGAGUGCAGCUUCAGACUUUUUUAAUUCCAUACGGAUAGCGAACAUGUUUAUUCAAAUCUUUUAAGAACGCUUGAUUCCAAAAGCUACUAGCCAUACAUCAUUCCUAAUCUUUUGAUGAUACAAGUUUUUGUUAAUAACCAUUGCCAUAAACCAAACCUAUUCACAGCGCAAUUUUCCUGUAGGAAUCAAAAAACGGAUGUCUACCUAUCUGAUACUGAUACUUAUGAAGCAAACAUUUAAUCAUUGUCUUUGUGUAAUAAUGCAGCAUUCAGUUUGGCUUGUGCCCGCAUAUUUUAUGCAACUUGUUAGAAGGUUAGAUUUUUUGUUAUGUCAAAGACAUGUCGUUCAAAAUAAUAAUAGUUUGGCAAGUUUUUUUUACUACGGAUGUUAUUAGAUAUUUGUUGUCAAUCAAAUGUUUUAAAAAAUGUUUGAAUGACACCAUACCUGUUUCGAUUUGACAUUUGCAUAUUUGCACACUUGCCUAUACGCAUGUUUUAAAACUACCACGUACAGCGAAUCAGAGAUUUGAUCAUAAGUUAUAUACAGAUAUUGUUUUGUCGAUUAAAAAAAGAAAAUCACUUAAGACAAUAAUUUUACUACAAAUCGUAUUGAAAAGUCCAUAACACCGACUGAAUGAGAUUUGAAGACAAUUUUUCUACUGAAUAUGCAUCAUGCCGCCAGAUAAAUUAAGCCAUGAAAUUCAAUCAUAAGAGUAUUUUAUAGUAGGUUUCUAUUCAAUAUUUUUACAAUAAAAAACAAUAAAAUCUG